AUGACCAGCAAACGCGACCUCUGCUUUCGAGACACACCCGAUCACGGACACGGGAGCCACAGACCGCGAGGAUAUCGCUGGAACUGUCUGUCUGACUUCCAGCAAACACCCGCAUUUCGCCACAUUCGCUACGACGAGUGCCUGGCGCCUGAAGACGACGGCUUGCUCACCGACGACGAGGAUGACUUUGCACUGCCAGAGCGAGCAGCGAAGCGGAGGCGUGUUGAGCAGCUUGCAGAUGACUUUCUGAACGGUGUGGCGCUCGAGAUACAUUCUGCACGGCUCGUUCCGGAAGCACUUAGGACUGCUGUGGCAUUCUCCUCCUUUCCAAGACCCAAGGACUUCCGAUAUGCAAUUGCGGACAUCGAGACACAGAACGACUCGGACGACAUUUGGGAGGAUGUAGAUGAUGAUCAGGACAUCUUUCGUAGAUUGAGGGGAGCGUGCAAGGCAGAUGAAGAUGAUAGCGGCGUAUUCGUCGAUGGCACUGUAUCUGUGGAGGAACUCGAGGUCACGGAGGUCCAGGCUCAAGCAAGUUGUGGACCCAAACGACGUCUCAGGUCUACUCAAGUCACCGCUGGUCCUAGCGAGGAAGCACUUCGAGUUGCUGCUGCGCUUCGGAACCGAAAGCUGCGACAGACCAUCACUUCGUUACCCGUCGAAAGCCAACCUCAGUCUUGUCCUCCGCCUGUCAUACCAGAGACGCAAACCCAGAGCUCUGAGUCCUCUUUAGAUGAGACUGCAUCUGAUUGUGGGCCGUCUCCCACGCCAGCCUGGACAAGCUCAAAGUGGCUCAAGACUGGAGCCUUUCAGCCCAAGAAGCACGUUGACGAGGACUGUAGUAGAGACGAGCUCGGGACGUCAUCUAUCUUCACUCUCUCGCAGAAGUCUCGAAAUAGAGAGCGACCACUGGCUCGAGGCAAGGCUGGGCCAAGCAGUGCGGCAUCCGGCAGCUUUAGCACGGCACCGAGCGCCACCGCCGCAUCUGGAAUCAGCGAAUCUUUUGUCCUACGAGUCGGAAGCCUGCAAGUACCUGAGAGCAGCAAUGUUACUCAUGCGCAGUACGAUGAACACUCUGUAGAGACCAGUGAGUUGACAGAAUUUCAGACUGCACCCCAGGAUCACGGAGGAGCCAAAAGCGAUGAUAUCAUUCCAGAUGACGACAGUCAAUCCCGGCUUCUACGACGACAAGGGCUUCGAGUCGCUCCACGAAAGUCGUGGGUCGCAAUGAAUGACAUCUCGGAGCACACAGAGGAGCCCACUUUCGUUAGCCCCGAGGAGCGACAGCCUACGUGUGAUGAGACCGUGGGUGGCGUCAACGCAAUCGACGAGGAGACCUCAAUGCAAGACAAGCAACCAAAAGGGAGGAAGACGAAGUCCACUGGCUGCGCGACCGAAGCGGUCUUACCGCGAAGAUCAUCAUCGAGGCGUCAGUCAGCGCCAUCAGAAUCUCAGAGUGCCGCUGAAGCUGUGCAGCGACCUCACCGGGACAAAGGCCAGUACAUUGAAGUUGAAGUCAAUGGCUUCUCGCCUCUUGUCCUCCGAAAACGAGGGUCGAAGCACAACAAGGAGCGGGGCAAGAAAGCAGAGCCACCACAGACAAGGGAGACUCUUUCGGAGAGCACGCCACGGAGGAAAGUUACAUUCUCAUCUUCAAGCCCAGGUAAGGUCAGACCAAUACCAGUGCCAGCGCCGGCACCGCAUACUCCACUUGUAGACGAGCAUCUCAACACCAUAUUGCCACAAGCAGCAGGUUCUGGUCGCCGAUCCUCUUCUGUAAGACGAGCUCUUCGAGACGAGCUAGAAGCUUCUGGAGCAGAGCUAUCACGAUGCGGUGACGAGGCAUCAUCUCAACCAGAGCCGAUACGGCGGCCUGCUCUUCACGAGAGUCAAGAGGAUGAUGAUGCCGUGGACCAAGCGCCGGCUGUACCUGAAACACAGUGGCCUGGUACUCAAGCGAUGCUGGCUCAAGCUCAAGACGACAUGUUCACUUCACCUGAAAAGUCAAACAGCGACCAGUACCUUGGUGACAAGAGCUCACCACAGCUUCACGGACCGAGGCCGAACCCUAGUCGCAGUGCACGGAAGCCUCUAAAGCAGCUGUCACAAGAACCAGUGGCUCUACCAAGCACACAAGCGUUGUUGCAAGACUGGCAGCCUUGGUCGAGCAUCAAAAAGCCUGGAGUAACUCGUGAAUUUGAAGAGAGUUUGGAGUCACCAUCAUUGGCAAAGAAGCCAACACCAAGGACCGUGUCUGCAAGCUAUCUCGCAGUCGCGAAGACAGCGGCGGCAAGAAGCGCCUCUGGAUCGAUUCGCUCGCGCGGGUCUGCGAGUGCUCGACGAAGUAGUCUUCGCUUCUCGAUGUCCUUUUCUGAGUCACCAGAAAAGAUAGACCAUCAAAGCGAGCCGAAUGCUGCAGUCGCACAAGAGCCAAAGGCCGCUUCGCAGCCAUCAUUCUCACCUCUUGAUAAUGACAUGGAGAAGCACGACGACACCGUCUCAGACCUCGACAUCCACUCACCAAAGAAGACCACCAGAGGAAUCUUCUCCUCAAUGCGCCUCACUGGCACGCAGAAAUCACCCGUGACCGGCAAUGCCGCUAGUGGGCUCAGCAAACCACCUACCAGACGCAGCAGCUCAGGCCUCAAAUCGACUCUAAGCUUCGGCAUAUCGUCUCUCGACUUGCCUGUGCAUCGCGAUGCAGAGAGCCAGCAGGACACGAUUCUGCCGCCUGACAGCCAGGAUAGCCAGACCUUGAUGCAGAAUGCACAGCAGGUGCUUGUAGACGAAGAUUCACAGGUCCUUGCGAGGACUAUUAUGGAGGUGACGACGGAUGUGUUGGGGACGGCGGAUACGUUUAGUUUUUGA